AUGGACCCCGAGCAGUCAAACCCGGACCUCGAGUCCUUCCGGAAUCAAUGGAAGGCCGAGGUUCAAGCGAAGAAGGUUGCCUUUGGACCUCAAGAACAGCGAACUAGCCCGUCCACUAGUCGAGCCAAGGCGGCCGCACCACGGUCAAAGGGGCCCUUAGCCCAAGAAGAGGAAGAGGACGAGGACGAUGAUUAUGUCCCGUCACAGCCAUUUGACGAUGCUUUGGAGGACACGCCCGUCCCUUCCCUUCAGACGGGGCAUCCCGAGGGCUCGCAACAGGGCGAUCCCGUUUCGGCCCUCGACCACUACGAGAAGGCCGUCGAGAGGGAAGCCGUGGGAAAGCUGGGAGACAGCUUGCAGCUGUACCGGAAGGCCUUUAGAUUGGACGACACCGUCGACCAAAAGUACAAGGCCAAGCACUUCCCGAGGCCGCCACCUAAGCCGGCACAUGCCUCGGCGGUGGCCGCAACGGGGGUGGCCGCAACGGGGGUUAACUCUGCCCCCAAGGCGGUGUCGAUGAAGGACCUCAUCGCGAGCUUCUCCGCGAUGUCCAUCAUCCCGGCGCCACCCCCGGUCGAAGGGAUGCCGCCACCCCCGUGCUGGCUUGCCGAUAUCCCGGCGGAAAUCUUGGUGCACAUCCUGCUCCAAGUUGCCCUCGUGGAUGUCGGGGCUUUUAUGCGGCUGGCCCGGGUGUGCAAGCGCCUGGCUUUCCUCGUCGCCACCGAGAACGGCAUUUGGCGACGCCUCUGCCUCGGCAGCGAAUUCGGCUUUGGGGGGAUGCACCACUACUGGCAGCAUCAAGUCUCUUGGGAUCCCCUCAGCGACGCUGACCUCGUCGCCGAGGCCACCGAAGGCGAGGCAGCUGCACUCGCGGCGGGAGUUGAUACCGCCAGCCCUCCCUCAUCCCUCGUCCUGGCCGAGCGCGCCGACCAGCAUGCGCGUGAGAGCACCGCGGAUACGCUAGCCUUGUUCCGCUCGCUGUACUCGAACUCGUGGCAGCGCAUGUUCCGGCAGCGGCCACGAAUCCGCUUCAACGGUUGCUACAUCAGCACCGUCAACUACACGCGCUCCGGCCAGGCCAGCCACAACCAAGUCACCUGGGCAACGCCGGUCCACAUCGUCACCUAUUAUCGGUACCUGCGCUUCUUCCGCGACGGCUCCGUCAUCAGCCUGCUGACCACGUCCGAGCCUGCCGAUGUCGUGCGCCACUUGACGCGCGAGGCCCUGGCGCUGCACGCCGGCGGCGCGAGUUCGAACCUACCCACCGCUGUCAUGCGUCAAGCGCUGAAGGGCCGGUGGCGGAUGGCGAAAGCAUCGGGCAACCCCGGGGAGUCGCCGACCAACAUCGAGAACGACGUCACUGUCGAGACCGAGGGUGUUAACCAGUACAUCUACCGGAUGGACCUCGCCCUAGACACGGUGGGAAAGCGCACGCGGAACAACAAGCUCGGAUGGAAGGGCUUCUAUAGCUACAACCCGCUGACAGACGAAUGGGCCGAGUUUACGAUGCGCCAUAGCAAACCCUUCAUUUUCAGCCGGGUGAGGAGCUACGGGGUGCAGGGGGCGUAG